AUGGCGGCAUCUCUGUUCACUUUCUCCUCUACUUCACGAAGGGUAGUUCCUGCCCCAAACUCUCCUCCUCUUCCUAUAUACAUCAAAGCCACCAACAUUGUUUUCAACCCUGAUAUUCCCGAUGUUCAUCGAGGUCUUGGACUCGGUGAUUUUGUUAAUUUCUUAGCCUCCUGCCGCCUACGAUAUGCUAUCAGUGACAUUCCAUCAGAGUUCUUCCCUGAACAAGUCUGUGAGUUCUACUACACCGCAACAGUCAAUGAUGAAAACAAUGUCAUCACCGGGACCAUUGGUCGUGGAAGACACUCUGUCUUUAUUACAGUAGAACUUCUCAGUGCUGCACUCAGGUUACCUAUCUUUGAACCAUUCUCUGAACUUCCUUCUAUUGACCGUUGUCGACGUCUAUUCGAUCAACUGGGAUAUGAUCACUCAAAGGCUGGUGCUCAAUCAGCUCUUGUUCUGCGCCAAUGUAUGACCCCAGGAUGGAAGUUCUUCACUGGUGCUUUGUGCAAAUGUGUGGGUCAUAAGUCUCGAAGUGGUGAUCAACUGAGCACCUAUGAGCAACAAAUCGUCUGCUCACUGCUUCUCAACAAAAGACUUGACUAUGGGUCCUUUUUCUUUGAUCAACUUGUUCAGCUUCUUCAUGCAAAUGUACGCGCUGAUCACGUUCCCUUCCCACGCUGGAUUGCUCUCGUGCUCGAUAAAUUCUUUGCUGUAGAUUACUUCUCGCACUAUGGAAAUCCUAUUCAAUGCCCUCGCAUGUCAAUUCGAAUGUAUCAAGAUGAUCUGCUGGUUACUGACAUCGGAAUAUCUGACAGGAUGCGGGAAUGGAUUGCAAACCCAUACACUGUUCCUUCACUCACCGCUGAUAUUGAUGAAGGAGGAGCUGAUGGUAACAAUGAAGAUCCUGCUGGUCAAGAGGAUGAAGCAUAUGAUGUUGGUCAUUUCUCCCCUCAACUUUCUCAUCAUAUCGUCUCUGUUACUGAGAAAGUUCACUCAGCUCAAAAGGAUUCACUGAUUCCGGGGGAGCAACAAUUUCAGGGGGAGCAACAAUCUCAGGGGGAGCAUCCCUCACAGGGGGAGAAUCCACCCCAAGGAGACCACUCUUCUCCAGGGAUGCCACCACACUCACACGCAGCUCCAGGUGCUUUAUUCGUUCAAAUUCCGGCCUCAGCAUUUAAUGAACUUCUGACACUGACUCGGGACAUGAGUCAGCGUCUUCUACACAUUGAGGCUGAUGUUCAUCAGCUUAAGGAAGUUCUCUUGCAUACUCCUUCCUCCAGCCCUCAAUCUGAUGAUGCUCAAAAAGGGGGAGAUGCUGAUACUGAUGAUGAUGAUGAUGAUGCUGCUGAUGAUGAUAAUGCUGAUCGUGAUAAUGAUGAUGAAAAUCCAAAAGAGAAAGACACCGAACAUGCUGAUAACUCCUUAGUUCAAACUGAGCCACCAAAGCAGAUGCCCGAGUCUGACUUUGUGAAGCCUAAUAGUCCUGCAGAUACUGAAAAGCGUGUUGAAGACAGUGAGCAUGAUGAUGAACAAGAUGAUGAAUGUCAAAUACUGGAUAUGAACUUCAUUGAUCCCUUUAUUCCAAUUCAAGAAGAAGAUUCAGAUGAUCUUGAUAAUGAAUCGCAAAGGCCAUACAUAAAAGUCGUUGAUCCCACUGUUGAUCCCAUUAUUCCGGUCCAAGGAGAAGAUUCAGACGUUGCUAGUGAAGAUUCUCAUCCGUUAUCUCGCAAGCGAAAGAAUAUUGCACUUCGAGGACUUCCUAGCAAAAAGUCAAGCGACUGGUUCCUGUGGUUUGUAAAAUUACAUGAAAGGUUCUCCUACUGUUAA